AUGUUUUCAUUGUUACAGAUGUCCUUGCCCAAGUUAAGAAUUGUAAUACUGCAAAUAAUUAUUGUUUAACUAUUACGAUCCCAAGUACCAUGAGAGCUGAUGAUGUCGCUACAUUUGAGAUGACGGCUCCUUCAACAAUUGGGUGGAUCGCUAUGGGAAUCGGUAAUUCUAUGAUUGGAAGUUAUAUGGUGAUGGCAUGGCCUACCUCGACAAAUUCCGUAGCUAUUUCUCAGCGCGUUGCCUAUUCCUAUUCUGUCCCAACAGUAACAGAACAUCAAAGUGAUAUAACGUUGCUAUCUUCUAGUGGUGUUAAAGAUAAUGUAUUUACCGUGGUCUUCACACGUCCACUUGUUGUUACCAAUUCAACUAUUACUACGGCUUCUUUGGACUAUAUCUGGGCUCUUCACACUACAUCACGUCCUUCUGAUGAUCCCUAUACGAUGACCAUUACUCGACACAAUGACUUAGGUCAUAUUACAUUAACUGGUGGUUUAUCAAAUUAUGAUAAAUACAUUAUCGCUCAUGGUCUUGUAAUGUUUUUCACUUGGGGUGUUGUUAUACCUGGUGCAGUAUUUAUUAUUCGUUUUACAAGAAAUAUUACAAAUCAUUUCGUCCCGUUACAUUGGGGUGUCUUGGUUUUCUUGGCAGUACCAUUAAUGAUUAUUGGUUUAUUAUUGGCCGUCGCUGCGG